AUGUAAAAUCACAAAUGCAGAUUCUGCACACAUCGACGUUAAUGCUUGCAUGCUUCGAUUGAUCAGAUCUCGAGGAAGGGAGAUCUAAUUUAAACUAUGAAUCUCAGUCUCUACUAUAAACAUGGCCAGAGCCAAAAUUAUUUUUUUUCUCGACCAAUCAACCAAAUCAUUAAGAAGGAGAAACACACCGUCUAUAUGAAAGUGGAAGAUUACAAAAUUUUGGACACUGAAGAAGAAUAUCUCAGACAGUACUAUUAUAUGCCUAAUUGCCACCUUUAACUAAAAUAACUAAUACAAUAUUAUAAAGUAACCAUAUCUACUACCUUAUCAGUUUAGCAUUGAUCAUCCCAUUUUAUACUUUCUGGAAUUAAAAGCCAUUAUUCUAAAAUACAUCAGUAGUAGAUCCCAGGUCGAAUAUCAGUGGGCAAUAAAGCAAAUAGAAAUUGAGGCCUAGAAGGAAGGGAAGGUGAGUCCCAAUAAAUCUAAGAAGAAGAGCACUCCCCUAAUCAAAUACGAAUUGUCCUGUUUCUUGAAGGAGUUGAAUGAUACCCAAAAAUCCACGACCAUUUUGUAAUUGCUCAAGACCGUUGAGGCAGAUAGAGCACUUGAGAAGGAUUGGCAAAAACAAUUCACACAAUCUCUUGUCGAAUAGGAUCUAACCAAAGCCAUGCAAUUUUCAACCUUUAUCUAACAGAAGGAACUGCUCAAACAAAAGGAAUCUAUAAUCAAGGAAAAUACCUCUUCCAGGACAGUCUACUUAGGGAAUAUGAAGAAACAUCUCAAUCUGUAAGUAGGAACUCCAAGAAAAGGCAGCAAUCUCAUUACUAACAAUUUCAGCACGGGAUGCAGUACUCAUGCUAACUCGAAUAUCAAUAUCCAGACCUAAUAAGGUAAUUAAGUCAAUCCAUAAAGUAAUAAUGGGGCAACCACCAUUACGAAUCACAGAGUCGUUGCCACCAACUCUCAUUUUUUCAACCACAAUAUCAACCCUUCAACUCUAACUUCGAAUGCUCAGAGCACAACCAGUCACAAUUUUGUCACCAAAACCAGUAUUGUCAAUAGUUCGAAUGGCAGUGUCUUGAAGCCUUAAACUAUCUAUAGGAUGUAGCCUUUGCGAUUGAUGGAAGUACCAAAAUUAAAGAUCAAAUUAAAUCAAUAAGAUCCGAAAUCAGAAAGAAAAUAUGAUAGAAUUCGUGAGAAUAGAAUCGAUUGCCUAACUUAAAGAAUCAAAACUCAAUUAGAUGAAAUCAACACUGCCAGAGGGAGUGUCAAUCCCAAAUCUGUCGUAAUCAAAAGAAGGUAAAAUUUUUAGCAUUGA